GUUUUUUUCCCCCUUUUUUCCCGUUCCCUCUCGCUCUCUCGCUCGCUCUCUUCCUCUUCUAGUGGGGGCUGGCGGCGGCGGCGACUGGGCGAGCCGCGAGCGCGCCGCCCUUCGCCAGGCCUUCGUCGGCCGCUUCGCCGGCGACCACCGACGGGCAUCCACCAGGUUGCUGAAGAUGUCCGCGGGCGAAAUCCUGAGGGCGGAGUUAUCUUCCAGGACGCCGCCGUUCGGCCUGCGGCUAUGGGUUGUGAUUGGCAUCUGUAUCUGGGCGCUAAUCCUGUGCGUCCUGGGCUUCAUGUGUUUCUGGUCCGUACACCGGAGGAACAAGAAGCCUGGCAACGGCAACAAGCCCUGCUGCGAUAAGAUCCCGGUGUCCCAAAUCCCGGACGUCUCCAAAGAGAUUGCGGUGGACGAGGUGCGGGAGCAGCACCACGCCGUUGUCCACAACCUCCGUGUGCAGCAGGAAAGCCAUCACACGCUGGCCGUUCAGGAGAAGCCCCACCACGAGAAGGAUUCGGGGAAGAUGCUGGGGCACCUGGUUAGGAGCAAGUCGAGCGACGCUGAUAACCUGAGCCAGUGCAGCUCCGCGGCGUACCAGUGCGAAAGGGCUGGGAGCUCAUACUCUGGCGACGAAGGUAGCUCGGGCAAUGCGAGGAGGCAGUAUGCUCAGUAUGCGACCGUCUCCGCGUCGCCGCUGGUUGGUCUCCCGGAGUUCUCGCACCUGGGUUGGGGCCAUUGGUUUACUUUGAGGGAUUUGGAGCAUGCGACGAAUCGGUUUUCUAAGGAGAAUGUCAUUGGGGAAGGUGGGUAUGGAGUUGUUUACCGUGGUCGCCUCAUAAAUGGUACUGAUGUUGCAGUAAAGAAGCUCCUUAAUAACAUGGGUCAAGCUGAAAAGGAGUUCAGGGUUGAAGUUGAGGCAAUUGGACAUGUCAGGCAUAAGAAUCUUGUCCGCCUUCUUGGAUAUUGCGUCGAGGGAAUACACAGGAUGCUUGUGUAUGAGUACGUGAAUAAUGGAAAUUUAGAACAGUGGCUUCAUGGUGCAAUGCGUCAACAUGGUGUUCUUACUUGGGAAGCUCGGAUGAAAAUCGUUCUUGGAAUUGCUAAGGCGCUUGCUUAUUUACAUGAAGCCAUAGAACCAAAAGUUGUGCACCGUGAUAUCAAAUCUAGUAAUAUACUAAUUGAUGAAGAAUUCAAUGGCAAGCUUUCUGAUUUUGGAUUGGCCAAGCUCUUGGGUGCAGGAAAGAGCCAUAUCACAACUCGAGUUAUGGGAACUUUUGGGUAUGUCGCCCCUGAAUAUGCCAACACAGGCCUGUUAAAUGAGAGGAGCGAUGUCUACAGUUUUGGGGUGCUACUACUGGAAUCAGUAACUGGGAGGGAUCCAGUUGACUAUGGUCGGCCUGCUAAUGAGGUGCAUCUGGUUGAGUGGCUCAAAAUGAUGGUUGGCUCGAGAAGAGCUGAGGAGGUGGUGGAUCCUGACAUGGAGUUGAAACCUACCACUCGGGCUCUGAAGCGUGCCCUUCUAGUGGCACUGCGGUGUGUUGACCCAGACUCUGAGAAAAGACCCACUAUGGGACAGGUUGUUCGGAUGCUCGAGGCAGAAGAUGUCCCAUCGCGGGAGGACCGUCGGAGCCGGAGGGCCCACAGCAGUAACGCAGACAGCGAGUCUAAGGCAAGCUCAAGUGAAUUCGAGAUAAGCAGUGAUCGAAGAGAGUUGGGACCGUCCGCGAGGUUUCAGUCCUAACCCCUGAUGAGAGCACAGCAGAUCCUGAUGGCCAAGAACUCGGUUUUGGACUAGCGGUGAGCAUUGGAGGAACGCGGUGUGGGUGGGGCUGGUCGGUAGAGAUAGGAAGGACAUUGCAUUUCUGGAGGGCAUUGCAUUUUGUACUGUAGAGAUUGGAAGGUCAUUGCAUUUCUGGAGGAGGUAGGUAUUAUCCUUGGUAGUGGCCAGCUUAGAAUGCAGAGUGAGAUGGAUCCCCUGAGAGAAAAGAUUCAGACUUGCUGCGAAUCUUACUCGGUAUUCUGCUGGUGCGGCGGCAGCAGCAGCUUGUACAGACAUUUCUUUUCUGUCUUUCGUUAGGACUUGCUGGCUAGCAGAAAAUAUGGUCUCCUUCCUAAUGUGAUGAGUGUUGAGUGACUUGAACCAUCAUCUUCUUCUAAUCUUCUCACUGAUUCAAAUCGUAGCAUCUUUA